AUUGGUGUAAAUUGUUGAUAGAAUUGAUGGUACUAUAUGUGAAGUAGUGUCAAUAAAUUCGUGAUAGGAUCAGGCCAGACAUCAAGUGUAGAAAUUCAUCCAUGUCCAGUAGAUUUGGAUUUGUUUUGAUAUUCCGUUGAGAAAUCACUACAUGCUUGGAGCACGUUCCAAACUUUCUUAUAACUUCCUGGAUGUUCAGUCAUUGGGACUCCCUGGUUUCUGAGAUUUCCUACAAAAGUUCCACCUAGGUGGAAUUCCUUUGUCAUAGUAGGCAUUCAUGGAGAGAAACAGCUGCUUCCCGAGAUUGUGCAUGGCGGUCAUUGGGUGGGUAAAAUUGACACCCUUUCUUUUGUAAACCCCAUCCUUCCUCUUCCUAUGUUCAUGCACAUUUGCAUUGAAAUACACGUGGAAAUAGAAGGGGUGUCUGUAAAAAAUGGGUGUCAAUUUUACUCAUUUUAAAAAUAAUUUAUAGAAAAGCUGUUGGAGUUGCUUGAAUCUCAAUUCCCCCCCUCCCUCUCAGUACACUAAAAAAUUUCAAAAGAUCAAAAUUGAAGUUCAAGUAAAGACUCUAUCAUCACCACCAAACCAUUCAAAAAUUGCAUGCACACACCUUCUACCAUUUUCAAAUGCUUUCAUCAUGAACAAAACCCCAUUGAUUUUUUUUCCCAUCUCUAGCUUAGCGUAUGCAGUUUCCAUCUCCAUUCCUUCCUAUCCUUCUAAAGCAGACCAUGUAAUCAUCUCCAUACAUACAAACAGCAUAUAAAAUCCCAUACAACUCCUACCUCCCACGCCAAAUACAACACACGCCCUUUACAUGAGACCCAAUUCCCACAAGUCCUCUCUCCCUUUUCUACUCUAAUUUACCCGAGCUCUUAAGCAUGAGAACCAAAACAACAUUCUUCUUUUGGCUCUCUGCCUUGGCUAUUGCACUAGUUUCCAUUACCUUUGCACUCCGCAGCUUCUCAUCUCUUUCCUCAACUUCUGUAAUCUCCAACUUUGUGCAAACUGGCUCCGAUCUUGCCAUGUUUGAUGUUUUUUUCAAGCAAAGUGUUGAGACCUUAUUGUCAACCGUGAGAAGCAUUGUGUCCAGACACCAUCAUCACCAGCAGAGGAUAAACUGCGACGAAAAAUGGAACUCGAGGCUCAUAUCCGAAUUCAAUGUGUCACUUGUUUUGACUGUUGGCUUAAAUGGCUGCACCAACUUUAGUAGUGUGCAAAAGGCAGUAGAUGCCGUUCCUGAGCUUAGCACUAAUAGGACACUCAUCAUAAUCGACUCAGGUACUUACAGGGAGAAGGUGACAGUUAAUGUUAGCAAGACCAAUUUGAUAUUUCAAGGUCAGGGUUAUCUUAACACUGCCAUAGCUUGGAAUGACUCGGCCAAUUCUUCUGGGGGUACUGGCCGAAGCUCUUCAGUUUCUAUAUCUGCUCCCAAUUUCACUGCCUACAACAUUAGCUUUAAGAACACAGCUCCGCCACCAUCAAAAGGCAGAAUUGGAGCACAGGCAGUGGCACUUCGAGUUUCUGGAGAUCAAGCUGCAUUUUAUGGAUGUGGUUUCUAUGGGGCGCAAGACACUCUCAAUGACGACCGUGGAAGACAUUAUUUUAGAGAAUGUUUCAUUCAAGGAUCCAUAGAUUUCAUUUUCGGAAGCGCUAGAUCACUAUAUGAGGGGUGCACCAUUAAUUCAAUAGCAAAUCCAGUGAAAGGUGGGAUUCCACUGAAAGGUAGGAUAAGUGGAGCCAUCACAGCACAAGGAAGGCAAUCAAUGCAGGAGCAAAGUGGGUAUUCCUUUGUGAAUUGCAGUAUUGGAGGAAGUGGGAGAGUGUGGCUUGGUCGAGCUUGGGGAGCUUACGCCACUGUGGUUUUCUCCAAAACGUACAUGUCUGACGUUGUUGCUUCAGAUGGUUGGAAUGACUGGAGUGACCCUUCUAGAGAUCAGAAAGUGUUUUAUGGGGAGUACGAGUGCAUAGGACCAGGAGCAAAUAAUACAAAUAGGGUCUCAUAUUCAAAGCAGCUCAACGAAUCUGAGCAGCACCCUUUUUGGAUGUUUCCUACAUUGAUGGGGAUGAAUGGCUUUUAUAUACUCCACUCUUCAGUCUUCAUGAAGAUUACCAUAUGCACAAUUAUCAGUUUACUUACUAGUAUGUGUAAUGUUCCCUCUCCCAGGCGUGUCGCAUACUGAUAUUUGAUUGAUAUUCUCGUAACAUACAUGUAUUGUCCGAAAGAAAAAGGAAAAACUCUUCUCAGCUACUAGGAUUACUAUAACAUUUUUAUUGUGAGGAUAUCUUGGAAUCUCUUGCACAUUAUGUGUUAACUUAUAUAUUGU